AUGCCCAGAGGCCUCAGCUGCCUGGCGAGCCCUGAGGGGGCAGAAGGCCGGUAUGAAACCCCCCCAGCUUCAGAGCUUCAGAGACUGAUGUGGACAAAAAAAGGGACCAGUAACCAUCUGGAUGAGGUUCAUCCCGGGAUCUACAUCGGAGACAUGUUUUUUCCCUUUAGGUACGCAGCCAAAGACAAAAGGACUCUCCAGGCUCAUCGCAUCACCCACGUGCUUAACGCAGCUGAUGGGAAGUUCAGUGUGAACACAGGGCCCAGCUUCUACCGAGACACUGCAAUCACUUAUCAUGGAGUCGAAGCUUUUGACAUGCCAUCCUUUGACUUGAGUCCCUUCUUUUACCCAGCGGCCAAUUUCAUCAAGAGCGCUUUGAGCUCUCCCACAGGUAAAGUCUUCGUCCACUGUGCAAUGGGCCUCAGCCGCUCAUCCACCUUGGUUCUGGCUUACCUGAUGAUCCAUGAGAACAUGACGCUGGUGGACGCCAUCAAAGCUGUGGGCGCCAACAGGAACAUUUGUCCCAAUGACGGGUUCUUGGAGCAGCUCCGAGCACUGGACACAAAGCUCCACUGCCAGGGAUUAUCCAGGAGCUUCAACGGGCGGACGUAA